AUGGAGCUGAAUAAGAGUUGGAUUAACAUAUCAAACAGGCUAGAUUCUCGAUACGAACAAGGAAUUCAGGAGUUUAUUCAGUUUGCCUAUAGACAUAAGUCUCCUGGAGCAAGCAUAUAUUGUCCGUGUAUUAAAUGUGUUAACAGAUAUUUUCAUAAACGAGAUGUUGUGGAGGAACAUCUCAUUCUGAAUAGGUUUGACACUAAUUACAUAAUAUGGACGGUUCAUGGAGAGUUAUAUGUGCCUCGUCAUAGUCGAGAAGAAUUUCAAGAUCAGGAAUGUAAUAUUGGAGAUGAUAUGGUGGGAAUGAUACAUGAUGCACAUGGAGUUCCCAUAAACAAUGCUGGAAGUAGUGAAGAAGCUACGAGAUUCUAUGAAUUGUUGGAGAAGGCAGAAACAGAGUUAUGGCCUGGUUGUAAGAACUUCACGACAUUAUCAUUUAUUGUUCGUUUACAACACUUGAAGGUAUUGGGUGGGUUGUCGGAUAAAAUAUUUGAUAUGUUGCUUGAGUUGUUGAAUGAGGCAUUUCCAGAAGGAGUGUCAUUGCCACGAUCGUAUCGGGAGGCUAAGAAAUUGAGUGAGGAUUUAGGUUUUAAGUACUAUAAGUACGAUGCAUGCCCUAACAAUUGUAUGCUCUUUUGGAAAGAUGCAUCAAAGUUGGACAGAUGUACUUUUUGUGGAGAGUCAAGGUAUAAAGAAUACGAGGUGCACGUGGACGACGAUAUAACGAAGAUGAAAAAAGUCGCUUCUAAACAAGUACGACACUUUCCUUUGAUUUCGAGACUGCAAAGAUUGUUUAUGUCUAACAAAACAGCAUCGUUAAUGAGGUGGCAUGAAGAAGGUAGAACAAAGGAUGGUAUAAUGAGGCACCCUGCUGAUUCAUUAGCUUGGCAAUCUUUUGAUGAACAACAUCCAAAAUUCGCUGAAGAUAGUCGCAAUGUUAGACUUGGGUUGGCUUCUGAUGGGUUUAAUCCGUUUCGAACAAUGACCAUUAGAGACAAUAUUGAUGUGUUUCUGCAACCGUUGAUUCAAGAGUUACAAGAAUUAUGGAACGAAGGGAUAGAAACUUAUGAUGCUUCAAGAAAAGAAAUGUUUCACAUGCAUGCAACAUUGUUGUGGACGAUUAAUGAUUUUCCUGCGUAUGCUAAUUUAUCUGGAUGGAGUACUCGAGGAAGAGUUGCUUGUCCUUGUUGCAUGAAAGAGACAGAGUCCAAAUGGUUAAAACAUGGUGGUAAGUUUUGUUAUAUGGGUCACCGUAGAUUCUUGGAGGACAUGAGUCAUCAUUUUCGGUUAGACAAGAAGAAUUUUGAUGGAACUAUUGAAAAUCGUGUUGCUCCUCCUCAGUUAUCUGGCUACGAUGUAUUCAAAGAUGUUGAAUUUGUUAAGAAGAUGUAUGGAAACCGUGAGAAUUCUGGCGCUAGUGUUGGGAGAGGAAUGGGUGGUUGGAAAAAACAUAGUAAAACAAAGGACAACUUGAAAGCACGUCUUGAUUUGAAAGAACUAGGGAUAAGAAAAAAGUUACAUCCUGAAGAUCGUUUGGGUGGGAAGAAGUAUUUACCUCCUACAUCUUUCACGUUGAAUCGAGAACAAAAACAUCAUUUGCUUCCAUUGGCAAUUAGGAGGGUGUUCAAGAGGAAGUUCUUAUUGACAUUGAAAAAGUAUGUAAGGACUAGAAGUCAUCCAGAAGGAUCUAUUGCUGAAGGUUAUUUGGCAGAAGAGUGUUUGACUUUUUGUGCAAGGACACACUUACAAUCCAUUAGAUUGGAAAGAAGAGGUGCCAGCAAUCGUGAAAUUACACAAAAACACCAUGAAAACUUCCCAUUAUGGUUUCAAAAACAUGUUUAUGAAUUGCAAGUAAGUGGUCACAAUGUACCCAAUGAAGUGAAAACAUUAGCUGCUGGGCCUCACUCAUGGGCAUGGAAGUAUUCUGGGUACAUCGUAAAUGGAUUCAAAUUCCACACGAGGCGUCAAGAAAGGAGAAGAAUGACUCAAAACAGUGGAGUAUUACUAACUGCAAAUACUGAAAGUUAUGCUAGUUCAAAAGAUAAACGUCCUAUCAGUGGUGAUGUUACCUUUUAUGGAGUCCUAACAGAUGUUGUUGAGAUACGAUACUCUAACGAAUUCAAAUUUGUUUUGUUUAAGUGUGAUUGGGUUGACAAUAACAGAGGGAUGAAGGUUGACAGUUUGAAUUUCAUAACUGUAAAUUUUAAUUGUUUAAUGUAUCAAGAGAAUAAACCAACAGACGAACCUUUUAUACUUGCAACUCAAGCAUCACAAGUGUGGUAUGUGGCUGAUCCUCUUGAUGAAGAAUGGCACGUUGUCAUGAAGAUGACACCUAGAGAUUUGUAUAACAUGGGUAAAAGAAAUGUGACAGGGAGUUGUGAUGAGGAAGAUGCUUUAAUUAGUAAUCAUGUUGAAAUCAACAAUGAUCAGUCCUUACAUGCAGAGUUAGGAGAAUCUGAUGAAGAUUACUCUUCUGGAGAAUCUAAUGAGGAUGGUAUGCUAGUUGAUAUAUCAGAUGACGACGACAAUUCCAUUCCUUAUACUGCACAUAGUGAUGAUAAUGAUUUCAAAUAUUGA